CGCACAGUACGGACGCGCCGCCGCCGCGCGAAACACGAUCGCGAACUUCGCUACCCUUUUUUGUUUAUUUUCGCGCGCGUCCUUCGUCGUCGAAGCGGCGAGACGAAGAAAAAAAGGAGGCGCGGAUGGAAGCGACCAGAGAUUGGUGUAGGCCGCACGGAUAACACCGGAAAGCCUCCGCCUCGAAUGUCACCGGAUGGAAGACUACCACCAACCAAAAGCCACGAAAUCCUCAAACCAAAGCCUCCAGUCAUAUCUUUUGUUUCGAAAAAAUAAUAUAAGCACUAUUUUUUAAACCUUUUAACGAUAAAAAUUACGCAAAUAGUAUACGCUAACUCCCAAACAGUACAAAUUAAUUUAAGUCUGAAUCGGUAUUUACAAUAAAAGAAGCCUUCAAGGAAGAAAAAUUAGGAGAAUCUAUCGACGACCAGUAUUUUAACGUUCCAAAAUAAUUCAUCGUUAUACAAGUGCACAAAUAUUUUAUUGAUAGUUAAAAGUGAAACGUCGAAACGACAAAUUGAGCAUUUUAGAAGCAGCCAAAGAUUUUAUAAUCCCUAGAAUAAGACUCAAGCUUACCUCGUCGAGGACUAUACGAUAGCAUAUUAGUGAGAUAACGAAAAUUGUGAUUAGUGUAGUGUCAACCGGUGUGCCGUACCUCGAGUGCUACUUAGUGUAACGGACGAACUAAGUCUCAAAGUACAAAUCGCAAGUUCCAGUGCAGCACCCAGUGUUCAUACGCCGUAGGAGUAGUAGAGGUUAUUUUUGUAUAGCGAGGUAAAGAGUGUCGCGAUGCGGUCGCGCCGUGGCGGGCGGGCGACAUGAGCGAGGCGCUGCGUGGCGCCGCGUGCGGGCCGGGCGACCUGCCGCCCUUCUCCACGUUCGGCGACAUGGCGGACGACCAGCGCCUGCUGACGGCCGACGCGCGCCUGCUCGACCCCGCCUGGGAGUACUACGAGCGGACCGCCGACGGCGUCUCCGUCAUCGCCAGCCAGCCGCAGUACCGCCCCUGGGAGUCCAUGCCCAUCACCGUCAACUCCAAGGACGCCAUCCUGCGCGCCGGCUUCUCGGCGCCGCUCGAGUACCAGUCGGUCACGCUGCAGCCGAUCCCGAACAAGCUGCCGUCCUUCCAGAGCCAGUUCCAGACGUUCCCCGAGACCACCGUCAUCCCGGAGACGGGGCUGCCGAGCGUGACGCCCGUGCCGGUCACCUCGAGCCCCACGCCCAGCGCGAGCCCUAGUCAGUUAACCCAGCUCACGCAGCUCACGGCGCCCUCCUCCCCGCACCUCACGACGCUGGCCCAGGUGGCGCCGCUGUCCACCACGCUCACCACGCUGUCGCCGGUCAACGCGACCACCUUCCACACGCUAACGGCCGUCAACGCGCGCAGCUACCCCAUCGUACCCGCGCCGCUGCAGGCGCGCGAGCUGGCGCCGGCGCCGCAGGCCUACAUCGACGACCGCCACAUCCAGCUAUACCAGCCCAACAUCACCACGAUCAACGCCUUCCCAACUCAGAAUGGGAUCAUCCACCAGAACGGCACGCUGCUGCACCAGAACGGCAGCCUCAUCCAGAACAUCCAGAGCCCGACGGUCGUCCACGUGCUCAAGAACGAACCGUUCGACGUGAAGGCGCUGCAGGAGAAGUACACGCCCAACGGGCUGCACCACGCCAGCUUCCAGAACCCGAUGCUGAUAGACAACAGUUACGACAAGAAGACCAACGGCUUCGGGAGCGGGAGCUCGCCGACUCGUUCGGACUUCAGGAAAAAGGAGCGGCGGAAAAUGCGAGCGAACAGCUCCGAGUCGGACGGGUCCAACAUGGAGGUGAGCUCGGAGAGCAGCGGGCAGGUGGCGGCGGUGUCCUCCACGGCCGGGUUCAAGUCGCCCAUGCACGGCGCGCCACCCAUGGCCACCGGGCCCAUGGAGCUCGACGACAUCACCAGUGAGAAACAGACGAAAAAGAAACGAAAACGUUGCGGCGAGUGCAUAGGCUGUCAACGCAAGGACAACUGCGGCGACUGCGCGCCGUGCCGCAACGACAAGUCCCACCAGAUAUGCAAGCAGAGGAGGUGCGAGAAGCUCACAGAGAAAAAGGUCUUGCAAGACAUCAAGAGCUACCGCGGUCGCAAGCCGCUCGGAGGAGCCGUGUCCGGGUUGAGCCCGGGCGUCCCCGCCGCCGCGUCCCCCGCGCCCGCGCCUAGCCCGAGCCCUGCAGCCGCGCCCACCAUGAAGCAGGACCACCCUAGUCAGCCUAUGGCACCGAUGCCGUUCUACGCCGGAGAUCCCAACCGGUUCACCACUACCUGGCAAACAGAUCCAUCCCAAGGAUGGCAGAACCAAUUCAUCCAACAGCUUCCGACUCAAACGGGGCAGACGACGCUGGAUUAUCAGGGUAACCAUACUCCGUACGCGACGUCCCCGCACUACCAAGCCAACACAACCUACACCGUCCAAAAUGUCGCCACGACCUUCGAUGCCACCAACAACACGUACUAUCAAGCCGGAAUCCAAACCGUGCCGGCGCAGCGGCCCCCGUCCAACCGGUCGGCGGUUGGAGCCUACACCCCAGUGCCUUCUCCUCGAGCACCGCAUUAUACCACGGAGUACCAGCAGCAGUACGCGCAAGCGACGACGCCGGGGGUCACGACGGGAACGGACUCCAGACCGUCUUCGGCAGCGUCCUACCAGAGUUCUGUCCCGACGUCGGCGGCCUCGGUCUUCACCGUCAGCCAACAGAGUUUCGAUCGAACGGAGUAUGCGGCGGAACAUGGGGAAGAAUAUAGUAACGGAGAGAAUGGAACGAGCGAAACAACGAACGACGGCGACAGGCAAGAGCAAAAUGUAGCGAAUAGACAGCAUUCGGGAAACGCCGAGCCUGGGUACCUGCAGGGGAGCAACGGUCCGCGAGCUUCACUAGAUUGUAACGGGUAUCCGGGCAACUAUUCGAGCGGGCAGUACGCUGAAAAUGGUCAAGCUCAAAGUCAAAACGAUUGGCAACAGCGUCAGUGGCAGCACAAUCAACGUCUUCAAAACCAACAAAUUCAAAAUCAGCAGAUACAAAACCAGCAAAUCCAGAAUCAGCAAAUACAAAAUCAACAAAUGCAGAACCAACAAAUUCAAAAUCAACAGCAAAUGCAAAAUCAGCAGCAAAUUCAAAACCAACAGCAAAUGCAGAACCAACAGCAGAUGCAAAAUCAACAGCAGCAAAUGCAAAAUCAGCAGCAACUUCAGAAUCAACAGCAAAUUCAAAAUCAACAACAAAUGCAAAGUCAACAACAAAUCCAAAACCAACAGCAAAUGAGUCAAAUGCAAAGCCAACAACAACAUCAAAUGCAAAAUCAACAGCAACAAUUACAAAACCAAAUACAAAAUAGUCAGAAUCAGCAGAUGCAAAAUCAGCAAAUGGAACAACAGAGACAAGAUGCAGCCGAACAACAAAUGUUCUCUCAAUCUGACAGGGUCAAUUUAAAUUCAAGAUUAAAAACUAUGAUAUUAAAUAAGCAAAAUCAUAUUCGUGAUGGAACGAAUACGCCUCCUGACAAAGGUGAUCCCGGGGAAGGUCCGCCUCGAAUGAUGGAUGGAAAAGUCGGCAUAUCCGUGGCGGAUGACAGAAAUACUACCGGUCAUUUUUUAUCGUAUAGCCACCAUCUCCGAGGUAAUUACCGAUUAGGUGAACAGGUAUACCCUGUCACUGGUAAUUAUUCACAAAACGCCCAAGCUUAUAGCUCGGGUGUAUUCGGAGGUGGUGGCCACCACGUUUGGGAGGGGGGGACGGAAGUCCCGAGAAGUUUUAAUCAACAGAACUCAGCGAAAAAUCCAACAAAAUCUCCUCAAAAAUUACCGUCUUAUGCAGACGUCAGAGGACAGUAUAAUGCUUAUUCGAGUGUACAAAAUGAGGUUCAAAAAUAUGCUGAAGUAUAUAAUAAUGAUUUAAGCUAUGCCAAUCAAGAUAACAAAGAUUUUCAAUCGAAAAUGCUCAUCGGACCAGUUUCCGAAAAUAAUCAAAUAAGUAAGUUAGAUCGCGAGGUUAAUGCACAAAAGAGAUGUUCUAGUAGAGAAGCAUAUGAUGCUAGAUUUAGACACCCAUCUGCUCCUUUAUUACCAAAGCUCGAAAUACCAGAUAGUUAUCAAUAUGUUAAGGAACCAAUAAAAUCAGAACCACAGAAGACUGUCAAUCAAAACAACUAUAUGAAAGUAAGUGAAUUACCUCAGAAUCAUGCAUAUCGAGAAUAUGCGAACAAUUUGGUUGCUAGAUCUUUGCAGAAUAAUGUGUUACCACCUAUAUCUACCAUAAAACAUGAAAAUUUUGGGCACAGACAAAUUCUACCUAUCCAAAAUUUUCCCUAUGAGAGAAGACAAGAACUGAAUGGAACAUACGCACAAAUACCUAGGAUACAAGAGAGCAUGGCUUUCCAGAAAUACAAUAAAGCUGACCAAAUUAAUAAAAAUUUGAAUAUGGGGAUUCCCGAAAAAAACAUUACAAAAAGUAAUCAAAAAACGCCAUUUUACAUUGAGCAAAUAAAGUCUGAACAUUCACCACCAGGCCAUAAGAUUUAUAAAAAUAUUCACUUUGACCCGCAUAGAAAUGAGCCUUAUGUGUUUGCGGGAGAUGGCGGCCCAGUUACUAUAAAAAAUGAAGUAGGAUAUUCUUGCUGUCGACAAGGAUCAACAAAAAAGCCUCCACCAGAACAUCUAAGGGACGGUGCAUGUCCAGGACUUCAAACUAAAGACGAAAUUUUGGAAGAUGAUCCAGACAACGACAAAGAUCCAAAAAAUUCACCAAAACCUUCCACGCCGUUGUUAGAUAAGAGUAUUAAUCAAUUCAAUUAUUCAAAGGAAUAUUUAGAGAAUUUGGAAAAGUUAAAAAACAAUACACGAACAGAAGUACCGGAUUGCAACUGUUUUCCAGCUGACAAAAACCCGCCAGAGCCUGGGAGCUAUUACACACAUUUAGGAGCAGCAUCUACUUUAACGGAAUUAAGAAAAGAUUUUGAAACACGCACAGGUUUAAGCGGAAAAGAAUUAAGAAUAGAAAAGGUGUGCUACACAGGAAAAGAAGGAAAAACAGCACAAGGGUGUCCUAUGGCUAAGUGGGUUAUAAGGCGGGCAAGUUACGCAGAAAAAGUACUAGUGGUAGUAAAAUUUCGAAAUGGUCACAAGUGCUCGACGUCUUGGAUCGUCGUUUGCCUGGUCGCUUGGGAGGGAAUACCACAGUCUGAGGCUGAUCUCGAUUACACCCUGCUGUCACACAAACUGAACAGAUUUGGUCUUCCAACGACACGUCGGUGUGCAACAAAUGAAAAUCGGACUUGUGCUUGUCAAGGCCUAGAUCCAGACACAUGCGGUGCUUCCUACAGUUUCGGCUGCUCCUGGUCCAUGUAUUACAAUGGAUGCAAAUACGCCCGUUCAAAAACUGUCCGCAAGUUUCGACUUUCGGUCAAAACAGAGGAGAGCGAAAUUGAGGAGCGAAUGCACAUGUUGGCAACGCUGCUUAGUCCACUUUAUAUGAACUUAGCACCAAAAUCUUUUGAGAACCAAUGUCAGUUUGAAAAAGAAGCCUCGGAUUGUCGGCUAGGUUUCAAGCCAGGUCGUCCUUUUUCUGGCGUGACGGCGUGCAUCGACUUCUGUGCGCAUGCGCACCGUGACUUGCACAAUAUGAACAACGGUUGCACGGCGGUGGUGACGCUAGCGAGACACCGCGCGCUCGGUCCAGCAUCUGAUGAGCAGCUUCAUGUAUUGCCAUUAUACGUGUUGGAUGCCACCGACGAGUUCGGAUCACGCGAGGGCCAACAGGAGAAAGUGGCCAGCGGAGCACUGCAGAUCCUCGACAAAUACCCAAUGGAGGUUCGAGUUCGGUCUGUUCCGUUGCAACCUUGCAGACGUCACGGUAAAAAAAGAAAAGACGAAGAAAACGAAUCAAAUAGUUCUACCGCUAAUACACCUCAAGCCAGUCCAGGUGGUCAAAAGAAACCUCCUACUCCUGCUCCAAAAACUCCGCAGCCAACAGACACCAGGAACAUCGCCAGCCCUAGAAGUCAAAGCAGUGCAUCACCUCGGUCUAAUACACCUUUGUUAAGUCAAGCCAAUCCUGGGACAUUUUCUAAUAAUCCACAAUACAACUCAGCGUUUAUCAAUCCGAAUAUGCACAAUUCUAAUUCUGGACAUAUGAAUCCCAAUCUAGGUAAUCCUGCCUUAUUGGACAUGGCAACUAUGAUUGACAACUUUACCGAUGCACAACUACAAAGUAAUCAAAUUUCUAGUACGGUUUUGGACUCUCCAUAUAAUCCUUACGAUCAAAGCUAUAAUAUGCAUAAUCAAAAUGCAUUGUAUAACCCGAAUCAACUUUCUCCUAUGGUGGAAGGUCAAAACCAAAAUAUGAACAUCACGCUGCCGAGUUUUAGACCUGGUUUACAAAAGCAAGAUGAACAAUACGAAACAUCACAAAAUAAUAAUCCAAUAAACGAUUCAAAUAAUCAAUGGCAGGAAUUUGCCAAUAGUGAGAUGUUUAAUAAUGUCGUAAAAGAGGAUCCAGAUUCAACGACUGCACAUUUGAAUUCUAUGUCUAAUAACAACUACAGCCCAGAUUCUAACAGAAGUGAUACUAACGCAGAUUGUAUAGCAAAAGCUAACCUUGAAAAUGAUAAGGCAGUAGGUCGGGACGCUGGAAAUAAAGGAACAGAAUUUGAUAUACCCAGUUCUCCGCGAAUAUCCGAUAUGUCUCCUAAACUAAAUAGCACACCAGAAUCUCCGGCAUCUUCGCUCGUUCCUGAUUUAAGAUCUCCAAAUAAUGACACAAAUACGGGAGAUACUCGUAAAAAUAUUUGGAAAUCGCCAGAUGGCAAAAACUGGGAGAAUGAAAAUUCUUUGUUUCGAGUUCCCAAAGCUAGGCCGCCUUCGAGGUCACAGUAUGUAAAUCAACCCGAGGGACUAGAGAAUACAACAUUUCUGAAACCAUAUCCUCCUUCAGAAAGACCACAGCCAAAUAAUAACCAAAAUCAAGAAACUAGAAUUCCGUAUGACAAUAGAGUAAAUAAUACACCACCGACAUCUGUGCCAUCUAAUUAUACUAUUAACCACGACGAAUCGAAUCAAAGCUCAACGCCAGUAAGCAGAAAUGCGACAGAGUUCCAGGGAAGUAAUUUUCAACCGACUUCUCAACAAUCAUAUAGUAACCAAGUCCAGACUCAGAGCUACGGUAAUUAUCCUCAAGUGACGAACGCGUACUCUUUUCCACCAAAUCCUUAUGGACAUUUUAAUCCGUACGAGAACUCUUACAACGAAUACAAUAGCCUCUCGUACUACAACGCCGAGAAAUACAAGAGAGAGGAGCUUAUACGUAACUCUCACUGCUACAACUCGUAUGGGUAUCAGUACAACGCAAACUUUCCACCGAAUUUUUAUCAGGGUCCAAGUCCGAAUUGGUGCCAACCAUCGCCAAAUUGGUGCAUUUAUCCUCCACCCUUCUCUAUUCCUUACAACGCCGAGCCCCCGAAGGCCGAGCCGAUAGGCGAAGUCACCGGCGUUUCCGAUAACCUCGAAUGCUUCAAGGAUAGCCAGAUGGGGGGCGUCGCGAUAGCGCUGGGUCACGGCAGCGUCCUCUUCGAGUGCGCGAAGCACGAAAUGCACUCGACGACAGCGGUGAAGAGUCCGAACCGCGUCAAUCCGACUAGAAUUUCUCUCGUAUUCUACCAGCACAGAAACCUAAAUCGACCGAAACACGGUCUCGAGGAGUGGGAGGAGAAGAUGAGACUAAAGAAACUGGGCCUCAACCCGUCGACGCCGACGGGGCCUAACUCUGUUUCGCCGGCGUCGACGCCGGGGCUCGACGCGAGGGCGACGCCGAACGGGGACAAGUGGCGGAGCCCCGGGAUCCCCGGCGGCUACGGCUCGCUGUCGGCGCUGGUGGAGGCGACGGCGGCGGCGCGGCGCAGCGGGCAGGUGCGCGCGCGCGCCGACACGCACACCACCACGUCGUGGACGACGCUCUUCCCCAUGCAGCCGUGCACCGUGACGGGCCCCUACCAGGAGUCGGGCACCUGACGCCGGCCCGGCCCGCGCGCCCGCCCCGCGCCCGCCUAGCGGUCUCGUAGUUCCUGAAGUGUAGCCGAGCUCUCGUCUCGUCGUCGGCCGGUCCGUCGCGGGACUCCUCAUCGCGUGCGUCGGAAUCGAGUGGAGUUCGUGUAUUUUUCGACGUCAAACGAGUGAUCCGAUAAAUCAAAGAUGUAAUUUAAGUUUAUAUUUUUAGUAGUGUUUAUCGCAUUUCGACUAGUCUUACGUUACUGUGUUAGUAUCGAUCGUAUUUUUAGGGCCGUAACUGUAGGGUUUUUGUAUAUUCUCGUGCGAUGCGACGGUGAUUCGAGAGUCGCUCGGCGCGCUAACUCGACACGCUGCCGGCGUACUGUUUGUCUGCAUAUUUUGUCAAUUUUCUAAUUAAGCGCGCGGCGGAGGGCGACGUCGUCCCGUCGCGCGACAAUGAUCUCAUACAUACUAACCGCGCUACGUCGGUCGUCGUACUCGUACGCAUCGUUCGCAGCAAAAGUACAAAACGUCAUAUACGGAGACGCGAGAGCGGAGACGGUCUUGUUAUAGAUAUUCUCGUAGCCUUGUCUGCUAUUAGUUAUUUCCUAAUAAUAAUUUGAAUCAUUCCUCCGUUUUGGCAUUUUAUUUUUAUAAUGAGUCGCGGGUCGCCGAGCGCGAUCGCUUUUAUAUUAGGUUAAGAGGUGUGUAUUUUUAACUUUUUAGAAUAUUUAACUUAUUUAUAUCGUAUUACGUGAACCAUUAUGAAAUUUUCUUUGUAAUAAUUUAGUGCUACUGUAGACGUUAAUAUUUAAUAUAUUUGCUUUACGAUUUGAUAUAAAUUAUUGGCGGUCGUUUUGCGCACGUUCAGCCUUCUUUACUUUCGAGUCGAGUGCCUGUAGUCUGGCCAUACGUAAAUUCCUACUCGUGUCUGCGCAGCGUCCAGCGUGUGCUGUCAGCUGACGUCACCGCGCGCGAGGGGGCGCGCCCCGCCCCGCGCCCGUGCGGCGACGAUAAAUUUUAUAAGUCCGUUCGUGUGAGAAGCGAAAAGUAAUCGCAUACGUUUUAUUAUAUAGAGUGUUUGCAAAAAUAUCAGGCGCUUGAGAAGAUUAUAAAGUAGGCAUAUUAUUAAAAUUGAAGGAGAGCAUACUGAUGAAUAGUUAUUAAUAUAUAAUUAGGUUAAGAAAAAAAGUUUGUUUUAAAGAUUAAACUAUUGAUAUAGUUUAUAUUUUUUACGUGUACGUAUUUAUUAUAUGGUAAAUUUAUGGAGGCGGUGAUUAUUUAUAAGGAGAUGAAGUUUUGAGAGCAAAACUUAUAAAAACUAAGCAAUAAUAGGCAUUCGCGUCUAUGUACAUUGUAAUGUAGGAGUGAAAAUAAAUAUAAAAAAAAAACAAAUGGUGCGUAAGUCGUUGGUCUUAUGGAAAUUGACAGAUAAGCUCUUGCGAUUAUUGCCUAAAAUUAAUUCUGAUAUUAUUUUGUGUCAUCAGUGAAAUGCCUUAAAUCUUGCCAUAGCGUAGACUUGGCUCGCCCGUAGUGCAUACAGACAUAUCAGAAGCAACCCAGUAUUAUCAUUACAUUCAUCACAAAUGGGACCUCCGCCCUUCCCAUAUUGUAACAACAUUGUAUGUCUUAUUGCAAUGUUACUUUGUCAAUUUACAUUCAAACUUUGAUAUUAAUAAUUCAACCAACGGUUUGGGAAACUUUCAAUUGUUUUAAAUUGAAAAAAUCUUAUGAAUAUGAAGUUAAAACGUUGCAAUAAUACUCAAGAGCAGGGGGUCCCAGGUCAUCAAACGAGCAUCAAAUUUUAAUUAAGAGUCAAUGAGUUUGUACACUGUGUUUGUGAAACUGCGUUUAUACUUUCCUAAACGAAUAAAUUAACUGAUAAUGUUAAGGCUAAGUAGUUCUUCUUAAGUUUUGUAACGUUCGUAUGAGGUUGUAUGUAUUGAUAUUAUGACAUCACACAAAACCUGUGAUAUUGCCCGAGUGCUCGGCUGUAUGUAUCUGUGUGUUGUGAGUCGCCGCUUCGGCUCUAAAACUUAGCCACAAACCAAAAACGACCAGUAUUUUGCAAAAUAUUGUAACCAAAAAGUUUUGUUAUGUUCAUUUUAUACUUUAUAUGCGGACGAGUGAGUUUACCGACUAACUUUGAGAGGGUUUUUUACGUGUUUUUUAAUUGAAUGGCGGCCGCCGCGUUACAGUUACGACGGACCCCUGUCUUCUGCCAAAACAAAAGAAUGUGUCAUGUAAAUAGAACUACCAUUAUUUAUUAAUACAAUAAUUUAAAA